AGAUUGACCAAUAAGAAUUGAUAGAUUUUUUGUAAAAUGCACUGAAGAAUUAUUCGGAAUAUAGAGUAAUCAUUUUUCAAUAUAAAACAAAGAUUCAUUUAUAAUGCACCAAUUACAUUAAUAAAAAAAUAUAUUUGUGAAGUCAUCAUUGUUAUUACCUUCGAUUGAAAAAUUUUUCAGAAAUCACUACAUUCUACCAAAAAAAAGAUAAUCAUAGCGAUUAUGAAAAAGUUCAAUCCUCUUAACUAUUUUAAUAAUAUCAAACUGAUUUCAUCUUCUUCCGCGUAUCAAAAAAUAAUAUCAAGAUGUUUUUCUAAGAGUUCUACAAUGAAAAACGCUGUCAAACUAUCGACAACUCUUUAUACUUCACCAAAUACAGCACCUUUGAAUGAAUUAUCACCAGUAAUUAUAAUGCAUGGUUUAUUUGGAUCCAAAAAUAACUGGAAUAGUCUUGCUAAAGCUAUCAAUCAACAAACAAACCGUCAAGUGAUUACUGUUGAUGCUAGAAAUCAUGGUGAGUCUCCACAUUCAUCAGAAAUGACUUAUACUUCAAUGGCUGAAGACGUUAAUCAAUUAAUCCAUACAAUUGGUGUUGAUAAAUCAAUAUUAAUUGGUCACAGCAUGGGAGGUGCAGUCAUGAUGUGUACAGCAUUAAAUCAUCCAAAUCUUACAGAUAAACUAAUAAUCGUUGAUAUGUCUCCUAUUAAAACUAGUCCUAGUCUUUAUGAAAUGACUAAAAUUAUAGAUGCUUUACAAAGAAUUAAAUUUGAAAACUAUCACACUCUCUCUGAAGCACGAAAAUCUACAGACAAGUUACUUUCUAGUACUAUUGAAUCAGUAUCUUUAAGACAAUUCCUACUUACAAAUAUUUCUGAAAUUACACCAGGUCAAUAUAAAUGGAGAGUUAAUUUACCAGUAAUAGCUGAAAAUUUUUCCACCAAUAUCGCAGUGUUUCCUCAGUUAAUUCCGAAAUUAAAAAAUCAAUCAUUUGAUGGAAAAACUUUAUUUAUUGCUGGUGGAAAUAGUGAUUAUAUUAGAGUUGAAGAUGAAGAAAAUAUUAAAAAAUUAUUCUCUAAUGCCAAAAUUCAUUACAUCGCGAAUGCUGGACAUUGGGUUCAAUCAGAUAACCCAACAGAAUUUUUGAAAGUUGCCUGCAGUUUUAUCAAUUCUGAUAGAUAAUGAAAUAUCGAUUGAUCAUCAUAUUUUCUACAAUAAAAUAAUUGUUUUAUUCUAAUAAUUAAUUAUACGAUAUUUGUUAAAUGUUGUAACUUGAAAUUAUUUUAUACAACUUAAUUUUGAUCUUCUAAUUAUAUUCUUUGAAAAAAUGUAUAAAAGUAUUAAAAAUUUGUUGAAGUAAAUUGGAAAACAAAAUAAUUC